GCGGACGCUGACACAACAUUCUAGAAGGAAAUGGAAGUUUGUUUUUAACGUCAGUGAAAAGUAGUGAAAUAGUGAAAGAAAAGACAAACAUGGCGACGCCAAAUAAGGGCAAAGAGAAAGAGCCUAUCGAUAUUGUUCACCAAAACGCUAUUCAUGUGGAAACAAUCAAGAAAGAACAGCGGUGUCAGAAGCUUCAUACUGAGUUUAGCAUCAAUCCGUUUAAAAAGUUGCAUAUUUUAGCUGAUAAACCCAUGUCAAGAAAAAUGUAUGAAGAUAUCGAGGAGGACCCUACUUUCCUGAACUUCAUACAUAAAGCACAUUCAGAACCAACAAAGAAGUACACUCAUCCAUUGACCGAGUCUCAAGAAAUUGGAUGGAUUUCCACUCCACUGAUUGAUUCAGAUCGCGCUGACAGAAGACUGAACUUCCCGAGGCAGAAUUCUGAAAUCACCAAAUACAUGGCUGCUGCCUGGCGCCUGAAGGCAAAAAAUUAAAAUCUUGGGUAUGUUUUCUCUAGAGCUGGAGGAAAGCAGAGAACCGAGAGGAAAACCAUGUAGAGACUGGGAGCAAUUCAUGCAGACAGUAAACUGAGCUCAGGAGCAAACCGAGGACUCUGGAGCGGAGUUUGCAGCACCAUGCUGCGUGAAAAAUCAAGUUAUAUAGCAUUUUGUUUGUUCAUUUCUUUCUUCCUUUUUUGAAACAUGAUUGAUUUUAAAAAGUAAAACUUGAGAAAACAA